UGCGCCAGCUUGACGACCAAACGGUUCGUGUAUAGCCUCACGAGCUUGAAGCCACUCAUCCGUAAUACUUACUGAAUCAUAUCUUCAAAAGCUCAAAAAGCUCAAUUUCAAGAUGAUAAAACUCAAAAAAUCUGAUGCUCCAAAUGGCACUGCUGUUGAAGCUACAUCUCAUCAGGACAAUGACCAAGACAUGGCCGACAACUUCGCAUCCAACCUUCCCAUGCCUGAAGAUGGGCCUCCAGACACAGCGUCCUCGCAGCCCGAAAAUUCCAAUGCUUCUGGAUCUGGUCUCAUCAAACCAGAGCCAGAAAGCACGAAAAUCGCCGUGGUUAUCAAGUCAGAACAAGGAGAUCUGAACAGCCAUGUUACGUUCGUGAAGAGUGAAGACGGCAAAUUCGAUAUCUGGAAUCUUGAGCACCUUCAACUCGGACCUCCAGUUGUCGUGGAACACAGGUUCCAUGUUGGAUUUAAGCGCGCUGUAAUCAGCAACGCUCUUGGCGGAGGUCACCAAAAUACGUUCGUCAACUGGCAAGGUCGUAACAAAACGGAUAAAUAUCCCUACAUGGCGCUGAAGCGUUCCUGGAAUCCGCACCUCCCACUUGUUCCGGGAGAGCACGGUGUUGUGUUUACUGGCGUGAAACGUUUCAAUGAUGGCACGCUCGUUACUGGAUCAGUCGACCUUGUCGUGUCUGGGAAGGCGAACGAAUGGAUAUAUUUUGGUUCAUAUGAAACCUCCCGUGCGGGCGAAAUUACACCGCACCAGCUUGACCUGCUCCCUCCUCUGGUCGUGCGAAGUUGGGUGGAUGGGACCCUGAAGACCCUGUGGGGAAGGAAUUGGGUCGAAAGAACGAACGCCGAGCUUGUAGACAAGGGAGGUGAAAUUCGCCUCGUCGAGUUUACGAAAGACGGUCUUCGAGAGGCACUCAACGAUGGACGACUUGUGAUUGGCUUCACCGUCAUGAGAUGUGUUGGAUUUCGUGCGGAGUGGCUCGAUCAGUUCUUGCAUUACCAAGGGCAUCCGAAGCCGCCGACACAGCAAAGGAAGAGGAAGAAAGCGAGCUCGCCGGGAGCUAAGAAACCCUCUGCGAAAAGGGUCAAGGGGAUUACGCACCAGAAAGAAGAGUCGUCCGAAAGUGAAAGUGACGAGGAACUGCAACUCACACCGCCCGGCAGUGACGAAGACGAGUUUUCUGACGUGGAGGACGGAAUGAAAGCGCGCUUGGGUUCAGCCUCGCCGGGUGCAAGGAAGAGUGUCCGCAUUUCUGCAAAAUCAGUUGGGGCAGCAAGUCUAUAGCUAAGUUCUAGUCGCCGGACCGUGUUGUCUCUGACUUGAGAAGUCUGCAACUGCUUGAGUUCGAACAAUGAUUGAUACAUAGUGGAACACCUUACCGUACUAUAUCUUCACAGAUCUACAUAUGCAUUAGAUACUUGCGAAUUGCGCAUGAAUAAUCUUUAGCCAGGAUGGUCACGUGGCAAUCAGCGAACUUGGGGCGGCAAUUAUCCGAC